GCAAGAUAGUGAAAAUGGGAUUAUUGUCAGACCUGCUUUUCGUCUCUCUGUUUGCCAUAUUCAGCGCAUCAGAGGCUAGUGGUGGCGAAAUUGAUCCAGUUUGCAUCGAUCGAAUCUGCACUCUUGAACUCUUCCCCAUUUGUGGCAGCGAUGGAAACACGUACGACAACUUCUGCCUAUUCAACCUUGAGAAGAGGUGCAGCAAUCCUAAGCUUACUAUUCGAUGCCAUGGCGAAUGCAGCCAGUGUGGAUAUCAGUGAGCGACAGACACCUUCAACAGAUAUGGAAGAAAUAGUUCAAAGAACAAUACUUGAAAUCAAUUGUCCUUUAAGUACUUCAUUGUAAACUUACCUAAGGUUCUUCCACGAGUGCCUGUACCUUUCUUUGAAUUCAUUAUUCUGAAGCAUUGUAUCAUGUUUUGAAAAAUUAAUAAAAACCUAUAUAAAAAACUCAAUUUUUAAUUACAUUUUCCUGUAAGCAUUAAUGAAUUUCAGUAAAGAGAUCAAUUAGCGGAUAACCACGCUAAAGAAUGAUUGUAUUCAGAGUUACAGUUGGAUUCAUUUAACAUAAUUACAUUGAAAUUAGGCACACAUAUUUGAAGUGAGUUAUUCAUGUGAAGAGAAAUUAUUUUGAUAAAGCUUUG